AUGGAUCCCAGUGCUGCUCUCGCCAUGGGCGUCAUCGUCGGUCUGGCGUCCACAUGCGUCCAGUCGGUCGGUCUCACGCUGCAGCGCAAGUCGCAUAUGCUCGAGGACGAGAAGAUUGAUGAGUCGGACCGCCGCCCACCCUUCAAACGGCGGCGAUGGCAGAUUGGGAUGCUUCUCUUCUUGGUCGCCAAUAUAAUCGGAUCUACCAUACAAAUCGUAGCGUUACCGCUGCCACUGUUGAGCACGCUACAAGCUUCAGGCUUGGUCUUCAACAGCAUAUUGGCUAGCUUGCUGCUGAAAGAGCCUUGGACGUGGAGAACUGUAUAUGGCACCGUGCUGGUUGCCGCAGGAGCCGUCUUGAUCAGUUACUUCUCUGCCAUGCCUGAACCGAGCCAUACCCUCCAGCAGCUGCUGGUACUACUGGCAAAGCCCAGCUUCCUGGUCUGGUUCAUCCUGUCUCUUGUCUUUGUUGCCGCUGUUCUAGUCAUGACUUUCUGUCUACGAUACCUGCCGGGGCACAGGAGAGAGACUGCUCGCAUAUCUCUGGUCAAUGGCAUGGCAUUUGGCUUGGUAUCAGGUGUGCUCUCUGCACAUGCUCUGCUGUUGGCAAAGAGUGCUGUAGAACUGGUUGUUCGAAGUCUCACGCACAAAGAGAACCAGUUCAAGACAUUCGAGCCCUGGCUUCUUCUACUCGCUUUUCUGUUCCUGUCAUUGUCACAACUUUACUACCUCCACCUGGGUCUGAAGCUCAUCUCGACGAGCGUGCUCUACCCGUUUGUGUUCUGCAUCUACAAUAUAGUGGCUAUUUUGGAUGGCCUUAUAUAUUUCCAACAGAUGGAUCGCUUACCACCGCUCUCUGCUGGUCUCAUCGCGCUUGGUACGGUUCUUCUACUGGCCGGAGUGCUUGCCCUGAGCUGGCGUCUGCAAGAUGACGACGAAGACGGAGAGCAUCAUAUUGUCAACAAGGCCGAGAUACCUCAAACUCUUAUUGCACCUGGCAUGGGC